UCAAAUAAAAAAUCAUUUGCAAUAAUUCAAAAUUUGGCAUUUUAUCGUGAAAGUAACUGUUGUCCAGGUUGGGGCAACGAGCUUGAAGGUUUCCAAUUUUAUAACCGCCGGAGCAAUAAAACACUGGACUUGCGUGAAAUCGUGUAUUUGCAGGGUGGGCAGGCUAUAAAAUACUUGAGCAGUAGAAAAAAGGUGUAAUUAUAAAUAGAAUUCAUAAUCUGAGUCACUUCGCGUGCUCUUAUAGAUUUAGUGCAAUUAGUCUAUAGAUUUCAAACUAAUAAUUAUAAACUUCGUACUUUUGUGGCACUUAAAACUUCUCAACCUAUUUUCUGCGUACGAACUCGCUUUGAAACUGAAUCUAAUGGUACGUUCGUUUGAUGGCUGGUUCCACACUGAGUGUCGCAUUCAGAACUGUCAAAGUGUUUCAUUGAAGAAACUCGUGUUAGUUCCGCACGAGUUUCGCCGCCAUCUUGGAACUGAACCUCUAGUGCCGCACUCGAUAUUUUUGCAGUUUCAUGCGAGUUCCACGCACACUGACAAAUGACGUUCGAUUGAACCAAAACUGGCACUUACGAGUGCGGCACUCAGUGCCGCACCGGCUCUUCAAACGAACGUACCAUAAGUAGUGACUUGCUACUUCACGCUGUUGACAGCUGCGGGCCGUCGUGUCAGUUGGCCUGUGUUGAUUCCCAAGGGGUUGGUAGAUGAGGUGCGCACCCUGCGCAGUGGCGCAGAUAACACUCUCCCCAGGUGAGCUGACUCGCCAGUCAGCUCAAAUCUAAUCGCGCCGAACAUCCAGCACUGCUAACUUGGCAACAGGACGUUCGUAGACACUAGUCGACGUUCGCACCGGGGCUGCCCUAGUCUGACCAUCCUUCUUGCUUAUGCUGGUUCCGAUGAUCUUUCCCUUAGACCAGUAGUUCCUGGAGUGUCGUCGUAGUGGUGCUUUGCAUCGUAGUCUCGUGCGGUCCCGUUUAAGCCUGCAAUAAUAACAAAGUUAUCAGUGAAGUGGUGGCAUCAUCGGCGCAAGAAGGGUCAUCGUCGUCAUCACCCUUUGUGCUACAAACAAGCCACACAGUCGAGAGCCCCGGUCGGGCCGCGCGCGAAGUGCGUCACAUAGACGAACAUUGAAAACGCAACACACAUAUUUCUCGAGCGUUGGUCGUCGAACAAAUGUGGGAAUUUUUCUUGGAAUUUUUGAGAAAAAGUGAAGUGCACGGAAAAGAGCGAGCGAGCGUAGUAACUGCGGCGACAAGGCUACAGCUGGCCUUGCAGCGUGGGUGGUAGUCAACCGCGAGGCUAAGGCUCCUUAGGCUAGCCAUUUAUGGAGCCCGAAAGUGGACUGAGGGCUACUGAAACUGCAAGAAGGAAAACAGACUGGAGGAAUGGAACAACCCUUGGCAUGAAAACACGGACACGAAUCGGAACAUGGAAUGUACUGACGCUUGCCCAGGCGGGUAAGUUGGAAACGCUAGGGAGGGAGGCAGUUCGGCUGAAGCUAAAAAUCUUGGGUCUGAGCGAAGUCCGUUGGCCGGACUCAGCAGAGUACAAGAUGUCUACCGGGCAGGUUCUGCUGUACUCUGGCUUGCGAAGCGAAAACGCUCAACGUGGCUUCCUGUUGAGCCCAAAUGCACGUUCGGCGCUCAUUACGUGGAAGCCAAUAAACGAGCGGAUAAUCGUGGCUAGAUUCAGGACGCGGGUCAGAAACCUGACCUUCGUUCAAGUUUACGCGCCGACGGAUGCUGCCGACUUGCAGGAAAAGGAGGAGUUUUACAGUCAACUGAGCGUAGUUGUCAACGAGAUCCCUAAGGGUGACAUCCGAAUCUACGCAGGCGACUUCAACGCGAAGAUAGGCUCUGACAACACAGACCUGGAGCGUAUCAUGGGGCCCCAUGGUCUUGGAGAAAUGAGCGAGAACGGUGAGCUGUUUACAGAGUUCUGUGGUAACCAAGACAUGGUGAUUGGGGGAUCGCUCUUUCCCUAUCGCUCAGUGCACAAAGUCACGUGGGUGUCACGUGAUGGAAAAACGGAGAAUCAGAUCGACCACAUCUGCAUCAGCCGCAAAUGGAGAAGAAGCCUGCUUGAUGUGCGGAAUAUGCGCAGCGCCGACAUUGCAUCCGACCACCACCUCGUUGUCGGCGAAAUACGACUACGGGUAGCGCGUGUCGUACGGCAAGAGGAGAAAGUCGGUUGUAGAUUCAACGUGCAACGUCUGUCGAAUCCCGAAGUACGCAGGGCUUCUGUCGGCGAGCUCCAAACCCGAACCUUGGAGAUUCCGGACAGCACUGUUGAAGAGGAGUGGCAGUUCAUCAAGGACGUCUUCGCUGUUACCGGCGAGAAUACUCUGGGAAUGCUGCGAAUUCAGAGGAAGGAGUGGAUUUCGGAUGCCACCUGGGAUAAGAUAAAAGAGAGGAAGCAGGCUAAGGCUGCCAUUGUUAGCGCAAGGACGAGAGCGACGAAGGCACGUACCCGCCAAACGUACGCCGAACUGGAAAAGGCUGUUAAGCGCUCUUGCAGGCGGGACAAGAGAGCCUGGACGGAUUCCCUUGCCGACGAGGAAGAGAAAGCUGCUAAUAAUGGCGAUAUGCGCCUCUUCUACGAUAUUUCGCGACGUUUGUGUGGUGCCAGGACGAAUACGCGCAUUCCGGUGAAAGACAGGAGCGGUCAGCUGAUUACCGAUCCAGCUGAUCAGCUUAAACAAUGGUUCGAGCAUUUUGAGCAGCUGCUACAAAUCUCGCAUCCACGUCCUAGCCCUCAGUACCAUCCGCAAAAUGUUAGGCGGAUCAACCGGGUGAACUCAAGUCCACCUACGCUGAGGUAGAUUGAGGAAGCCGUGAAAUGUAUGAAGUCUGGAAAAGCGCCAUGGAUAGAUCGGAUCUCCGCAGAUAUGCUCAAAGCUGACGCUCAUUUGUCGGCUCGGAUGCUGCAUCGGCUUUUCAGCAAAAUCUUGGACACCGCGACUUUUCCGGUCGACUGGAUGCAGGGCAUUUUGGUGAAGGUUCCCAAAAAGGGUGACCUCACCAACUGCGACAACUGGCGUGGCAUCACGCUGCUGUGCAUAGCUCUGAAGGUCCUAUGCAAAGUGAUCUUGUGCAGGAUCAAAUCGAAGAUCGACGAGUCUCUUCGACGGCAGCAAGCAGGGUUCCGCAGUGGCCAAUCAUGCGUGGAUCACGUAGUGACACUCCGUGUCAUCCUCGAACAGGUCUCAGGAUUCUCUCCAUCUGGUCUUCAUUGAUUAUGACAAAGCGUUUGACCGUCUCGACCACGAAAACCUGUGGGAAGCCCUUGGGCGCAAGGGUGUCCCAGAGAGGAUCAUCAACCUCAUCAAGGCACAGUACGAGGCUUUCGUUUGCCGUGGUGUGCAUAACGGAGUCUUGUCGGACCCAAACGGGUAGUAGCUGGGGUGAGGCAAGGAUGCAUCCUGUCGCCGUUACUGUUCCUCAUCGCCAUCGAUGAGGUGUUAGCUGGAGCGUUGGACCGUGUGCAAAACCGUGGGCUGCUUUGGCAGCCGAUUAGGAUGGAACAUCUCAACGACCUCGAUUUUGCGGAUGACAUUGUGCUGUUCUCGCAGAGAGGAAACGACAUGCAGAACAAGCUGGAUGACCUAGCUGCAUGCUACUCGGCGGCGGGUCUGAAAGUCAAUGUCUCCAAGACCAAGUCGAUGGCAGUGAACACGGAACGCGCUCAAGGCUUCACGAUAGCUGGUGAAAACGUUGAGAAGGUCGACACUUUCCAGUACCUUGGUAGGCAGAUUGCGCCUGAUGGUGGUACCAAGCUCGACAUAUCCACGCGGAUCAAGAAGGCAAGAAGUGCUUUCGCGGGUCUGCGCACCUUGUGGCGAUCAAACCAAAUCAGCUUGCGCACAAAACUACGGAUCUUCAACUCGAACGUCAAGUCGGUGUUGCUCUACGGGAGUGAGACCUGGUGCGUAUCGAGCCAGAACACGUCGAAGCUACAAGUCUUUGUGAACCGCUGCCUACGCAAUAUCCUUCGCGCCUGGUGGCCCCGAAACUGGGUAUCGAAUGCGGAGUUGCAUCGGUGGUGUCAGCAGAGGCCCAUUCACGUUGAGAUCCAAGAGCGCAAGUGGAGAUGGAUCAGCCACACGCUACGGAAGGAUGCGCACGAGAUCUGCCGAGAAGCGCCGGACUGGAACCCUCAAGGACAACGCGGUCGGGGCAGACCAAGAGGCUCAUGGCGGAGAAGCCUCCACCAAGAAAUCAGUGCUGUUGACGGGACGUUAAGCUGGCGCCAAGUGAAGGCGAAAGCAGAGAAUCGUCAACAGUGGAAAUCCUUCAACGCGGCCCUAUGCUCCACUGGGGAGCAGGACGCAUAAGUAAAAAAAGCAGAUCCUGGGUAGGAGUGAAUCAACGAUUACGACUAUGUUACCAAUUUCAAUCGGCUUGGAGUUACAGAACCAUUUUGUCCUGCGUGUGAUUUCCGGCAAGUAAUCGUUUAGCCACCGUUUCCAGAAUCGGUUGGCCAACACCUGAGAUGUUCGCCAGCUCCGUCGCAGUACCAUUCCGUCGUGAUCGAGUGUGCAGGUUGGCUUGGAACCGUUGGAUGUACCCAACAGGAAGUGAUUCGGAGUAAGCGCAGGGGUGGAUUCGUCGUCUACUGGAACGUGUAUCAGCGGCCGCGAGUUGACAGUGUGCUCGAUUUCAGUAAGAAGAUUUCGCAGUACUUCGUCGCUGGGGUUUCUCACGGGACGGAUUGCCAUCAAAUUACGCUUCACAAUUCAGAUGAGCCUCUCCCAGCUACCGCCCAUGUGUGGUGACAGAGUCUCCACACUAACAAAUUCCUUCAUUACAUCUUCUAGCUUUCUGUUCUCGGUAGCUUCGUGUAUCUCCCGUUUUGCUCCGACGAAACAAGUCCCACGGUCACUGUAGAUCGUUCUUGGAGUUCCUCGACGUGCCGAGAAGUUUCGUAGGCCCAUGAUGCACGAAUCGGUGCUGAGACUGUGCACCACCUCGAUGUGGAUAGCCCGAGUGGUCAAGCAGGUGAUCAGCAUUCCCCAUCGCUUCUCCGUGCGGCGGCCGAAAGAGACCUCCAAUGGCCCGAAAUAAUCGAUGCCCACGUGUGUAAACGUUCGAGCAAGUGCAUCAAGCCGCUCUGGUGGGAGAUCCGCCAUCAUGGGUGGCCUUGGUUCGUUAAUAACGGUCUCGUGAUUUUGAUGAUGGUGAUGUUGUUGUGUUCGAUUACGAGUUGCGUAGCCGGUGGUCACGAGGAAGGAUGAUUAGGUUCUUGGCGUUUUCCGUGACUAGCGCGCAGGCGCUUAUUCUUCCUCGCAUUAGCCGCAAACCAUGCUUGUCCAACCACGGUGACAGCUUCCUUGUUUGAAAAAUGUCGCACGUCGUACGAGUUGUCGCACGGUUUUGAUUUUACCGUUUCGAUAUCGAUUGGCCGAAAGGAAGACAAACGUGCGACAAACACUCGACAUGCCCGACAUUGUUUUUUCCAUCGAUUUACCUUCAAUUCGACGUCGAUUAUCGUCGACGCAAACAGUUUGACAGUUCUCUUCAGUUGAUCUUGUUCGGACUUGAUUGCAACCGAGCCGAACCAGUUGUUGUUGGUUUUAGGCUUUGGGAGGAUUUUGGACAGUUUAAAGGUAAGUUGUGUUCUAGGUUGAAUUAUUUUUUCUGCCGAAGUGGGCGAGCGACCGAAUCUUGUAUUCCAGAUUUCGGUCUUCGUGGCGGUUUGAAGGAAGAGGAGGAAAUAUGGUUUACUCGGCGGGCCAUUCCGGAAGACGGGACGGGAAGGAACCAGUUUGCGAUCGAGGAAGCGGUUGGUAACAAACAUAUUCUGAUCUGAUCCUGCCGGAAACCAUGCGUCCCCGUGUGGUCCCGCGUGGCUUCCGUAAAACCCACGGAAGCAGCCACGUACUCGUACUCCACAAACCCACGUUGUCUCGUACUCCGGUAAACAUCAAUCCGUCGGAGAUCCAAGAUCGUCGCCAAGGUGUCACAUCCGGGUUUUGAACAGCUCGUCGAGGAGCAAAAGUCCAACACGGCAAAGAUGCUGCCACGGCCGCCUCAGAAGAAUACCAACAUUCAAGCCGGAAACUGCGGUCAAGGCAAAUCCCGAAGGAAGCCAAGUUGGAGAAGAAUCGGCGAUCCGCAAGUAAAAUUAAGUGAACAAGUAAAUAUUUUUUUGAAAUUUUGACAGUUUGAAUAAAAAAAAAACAAUAAAAACAAAACAACCGUUUUUUUAACAGCAACAUAACCUAAAAAUCCGAAAUGACAGCACACGACAAUAGCACGACAUUCUAAAUAACAAAACCGUGCGACGUCGGUCGAAUGUCGUACAAUUUCGAUCAUCGAUCGCACGACAAAUACGACAUUUUGGUGCAAAAACGUAUGACAUUCGCGCGAAAGUCGCACGACAUUGUCGUGCGACGUCGUACGAUUGCACGGACGACAAACGACGGACGUCCGAUUGACUUUUCAGUCAGGGAACUAAGGUCCACUUAGACGAUCUGUGAAGUAGGACCUUUUUGUUAAGAAGGGCUGCGAUUUUUUUUCAAAUUGAUUUAAAAAUCGAUUUUAAAUCCUUCUCAGUCGCACAAAGUGUCAUUGUACUCAGAAAAAUAAGCUUUAUCGUUGUGAACAAUAAUAUCACAAAUUUAAGCUUCACCUUUGGACCCAAUUGAAACAUAUCAAACGAAAUAUUUGAAACCAAACCUGCACAACAACAAACAAACAGAAAAAUGACGCGUUAUUUUGUAUUCAACGAAGUAUUUAAUUCCUUUCGUUAUUGCAAAUUGACUUUUGAUUGUAUUAUCUGAUUUGUAUGAAACCUUGUCCAUUGAUUUAUUUAUUAUGACCAAAAAAGUUAUUGUGCACUAUUGCUUCAUAUUCAUACAAAAUGGUGUCUGUCUAUACACACGUGCUGUGAAUGUUUUCGCAAAUCUGUAUCUUGAGAUAAGAUUUUCUGAUCACCAACCAUUGGCAAAGUUUUAAGUUAUGACCAGGUUUGAAUUAAAAACAGUUUUUAGAUUUAAAAAUUUUAUAGCUACAAUGAUUAAUACACCCAUAUAGACCCCCGUCGAUCAGGUAGAUUAUCAAGUCAAAACUCCCGGGAGUUCCUGGAGGACCCAUAAUAAUCCAACAUGGCGAAGGGUCUCCAUCGUGGUUCACUGAAGCUACCUGAAGCAAUACCGAUGAUUAAUUCACCCAUAUAGAUCAGGUAGCUAUCCCCUCCGUUGAUCAGGUAGCUAUCUAGGCCAUGACUUCCGGGAGUUCUAGGAUCAGGGUUGCCAGGUUGCCAGAUAAAUCUGGGAAUGCCAGAUUUUUCAAGUGUCAGCCAGAAUAAAGAUUCACUCUGCUCUGUGCCAGAUAUUGACAGAUUUUUCAUUUAAUGCCCAUUUUGAACAACUUUUUGAUUAAAAUUAGUGAAUUUAAUUGAAAAUCAUAAAAUUUAGAAUGAGUUUUUCUUAAAGCAAAUGUAAAUUCAACAUUGUUUAGGCCAUAAAAUCAGUUAAAACAUCUGAAUUCUACAUACUUUUGUAUUAAAUCAUAUCCUCCCUCACCUUAAUCAUCCAGAAUUGUUAGAUUUUCGUCUGCCAGAUUUUUCCAGAUUUUUAAUCGAUACUUUGCCAGAUUUUUCAAAUUUUGACCUGGUAACCCUGUCUAGGUUACCCAGAUUUGAGGAUGGCCCCUUAUCAGUGUUUUGUGGAUGACCCCUUAUAUAAUUGUUUCGUUUAUUUGUAAAUAUAAAAUUAAAAAAGAAAACCCCGUUUUACGCCGAAUCCCCACAAUAACGCUCCCUCGAUUUCACAGUCCAAAAAGAUUUUGUCUCUGAGACGAGUAUAUGUGUUCUUAGUAAAAUUUUGCCUGCUGAAUCCAAAUCCGGGUCCAGAAUUGCUCCAAAUGGUCCCAAUUUUGAGAUACACCCGUUUGAAAUGUUAGUUUAGGCCAAAACUUGCUACUUUGUUGACUAUUUUACAAAAGAACUAUUUAAUAAACAACUAAACCAAUACAUGUAAAAUUUAAUCUAGAGUUCACGUUUUCCCCUUUCUGAAACACCCCUGAUUUUUUAAAUUUGAUCGUUUCUACGCAUAUUUAUAGCCGUUUUUGGAGCAAUUCUGGACCCGGAUUCGGAUUCAGCAGGCAAAAAUCUACUAGGAACACAUUCUCGUCUCAGAGACAAGAAACAUUUGAUUUUUUGUUGAACUGUGUUUUCGCCAAAACCCCGAAAUAACACUCCCCCGAUUUGCAUUAAAAAAAAAAAACAUUUAAAAAAACUGGUUUGAAAGAUUGGUCUAAGUCGAAUAAGCCCCUGAUGAAUUGAAAAACCUCAAAUCAAAUGCAACCGGAAGCAACCCGCCGGUAAAAUCGAUUGCCGCAGUGCCCAGAACCCUCGCCAAAACUAGUUUUACAGAUCGGAAUCAAAAAUUAACCACCCUUACCUUUCAUUUGCGGCCAUAACAUUUGAAAUUGGUUAAUUUCCAUUUUUUGAGCGAUUAUCUUCAACGUUCGACAUUUCCAAAUAAUGAUCCAGCAAACAAAACAGCGCGCUGCUGACAGACCGCGGAUAAACUUUUCUUUUGUUCUACAAGGGGAACUGGGGGUAAAACGGUCAAAUUGGCAAACAUUGUUGUUUUAAAAUUUGGCCAUUCUACGAAGUUGACUUUAUAGCUGUCGGCCACCAAUGCUAGUACCAACCACUAGUGUCUUCCUUUUAAUCUACAAGGUUUUCGCCGCCCUGGGCUCCUAAGUGUAUGAAAGUAUGGCACGGAGCGACGGCGCCGAAUACCCAUAUUUACGCAAAGAAUUUUAGAGCGCCCGCCGCGGGAUUCGAACCGGCGACCUCUGGAUUGUGAGUCCAGUGCGCGGUACGAUUGAUCCACACGGGCGGGACACGUUCUAGACACAUUCAUUCUAGACAUAAUACUGUAAAAAUGAAUUAUUGUGGUUUCGGAAAUAAAUCGAAUUUUCGCGCCGACUUAUCUGACACUACGCUUCGCAAACUUAUCAACUCUAAUUCUGAGUGUAACAAGUUGUGUUGAACGCGAGGAUAAACGUCACUGAAAAAAUAUUUUGUCGCUCUGGCACCAAAUCGAAACGAGCGAAUUCCACUCUCGCCGCACUUCUUCUCUCCGCCUUUUUCUGUCAAGCAUAUAUUAUAAUAGCCUCAGCGCUUGUGUGAUGCCGCUGGAGAUUAUGGAUGAUGAUGUUGACCAUUUCUGCAGGUAAAAAUAGUGCAUAUUUUAUUUUGUUUUUUAUUAAAUAAACAAAAAAAAGAUGGUUCAUCCACCGACACAAAUUUUCGUCAAUCAAAACAAUAUGGAGGAAUCACAACAAAGUUGGCUUACUCACUGAUCAAGUAAUACCAAAUUGAUCUUGACAGAAGAAGGCGGAGAGAAAAAGUGCGGCGAGAGUGGAAAUCGCUCGAUUCAGUUUAGUGCCUGAGCGACAAUACAUCGCAUCAAAGUAGCUGUUCGGCCCAAUCGGCCAGUCCCUACGUUGUGUUCUAACUUCUUGGGGGACUGCCGGAGCUUCAGGGACGAUGGCGGACGAAGACGUUUCUCACCGUAAAUGAAACACGGUGAUUCCUUGGUCUCCGAGAGGCCACCUGCCUCCUCGGAGGUUCAACACAGAAGAACUUUAUUUCACAAUUCGCGAUUAAAAGCUCCAUAAUUCCGACAGAUAGCGCAAAGCAUCGAAGAAUGGCGAUUCAAAUUUUCGCUGUUCGGUUACAUAGGAAUGCAAAUUUAAAAUUGAAUUUACAGCUCUUAGACCAACUUUUGAGAAAAAAUUCAAGUAGUACGUGUGUAAACUUUUUGCCCUCUAUAAAUUAACGCAAUAAAAAAAAUUUGAAAAAAAAAAUAAUUUUGAAAAAAAUAUAUUGUUUAAAAUGAUAGAGCAUCAAAAGUUAACAAAGUAUCAGCACGAAUUUUUGCUCAAAAGUGCUUUUGAACGCUGGAAUUUAACAAAACAGAAUUCGCAUACAUAACCUCAAAGGGCGGAAAUUUCAAUCGACAUUCUUCGCUCUGUUCUGCUACUCAACACUAGGUGUCGCAUGUCGUUUGGCUCUUGAACGGCAAUUAUACAAAAUACGAAGUCUUAAAUCUAAAUCACAGAAAUAACAUCACGAAGAUAAACAAUAACAAACGUGACAGUCUGUACUGUCAACCUACUAGCGCUCCCAGCGGUCAAUGAGAGAAACACUGUGUGACCGGAUUAUUAUAUCCGAUAUUUACGAAAAAAUAAUUAUUUUCUAAUUAAACCGAAUGACGAAAUAAUCGUUUAACCCCAAUGCACCCCCGAAUCUUUUUUCGCGGUGUUCAUUCACUCGGGCCAACUCGCGAUUUCCGGGCGGUGAACUUUUCGCCCAAUUUUGUCGCCGGCACUUUUCAAUAAGAAGAUAAAUACAUACCGAGAUACAUACUAUUUUUUAGCUUUAAACUUACUCUGAGGGAAACGACGAGUUUUGCUGUAAAGAGUCCGAAACGACCUCUGGGGGAUUCGCACCUUGGGCAACAAGGAUUAUGGAUAAUGUUGUUGAUUUGAAAAUCAUGAUUUUUGUUGAAUCAAUGCUAAACGUCAAAGCAGCUUUUUCAAAACAACAAAAAACUUUUGUGGAAUUGAGAAAAUCAACGCAAUUUUUUGUUGAUUAUAUUCAACAAAAAAAUGGUUGCUUCAAACCUCGUACAGGCUGAUUCUACAAAACAUUUUUCUGCGUUAAAAUAAAUAUAGUGGCACAAUUAAUAAUUCCACUGCCACAGAUUGCGCGAAGCGUCGAAGAGUGACGGUUAAAAUUUUCCCUUAAAAUUUAAUUUACAGCUCUUAGAACAACUUUUCAGAAAAAACUCAAGUAGUACGAGUGUAAACUUUUUGCCCUCUAUAAAUUAACGCAAUAAAAAAGAUUUUGAAAAAAACAAUAUUGAAAAAACUUGUGUAAAAUGAUAGAGCAUCAAAAGUUUACACAGGAUCAGCUCGAUUUUUUUGCUCCAAAGUUGUUUUGAACGCUGGAACUUAACAAAACAGAAUUCGCAACCUCAAAGGGCGAAAAUUUCAACCGUCCCGCUUCAUCCUGUCCUACUACUCAACAACAGGUGUCGCAUGUCGUUUGGCUCUUAAACACAGCCCUCUGUCCCGACGGCCAUGUUUCUGAAACCUAAAUGUUCGACGCGAACAUGAAGACAACAAAGAAGAUGAAGAACGCAUUUGCUGUCAAAAUUUGAAAAUAUACAAACCGCGUGGUAAAAAAAGCAUAAUUUCAUAAUGUUGAAAUGAUUUCCAUGAAAAAAUAACGACACGGGACGGAUUUCCAAACACAAGCGAGUCAACAGCGGGAGUGGGCCAGUCCUCGGAGAAGGUUAUCGAAGGAUGCUCGGAAAGACCAGCUCCGCCACAAUCACCGGAAUUACGGAUGUUUCUGCACUUGGUCGGUUACUCCCUGCCGGAGAUUGCAGCGAGUUGUUUGGAAGGAUCAACAGCGGGACUUGGCCAGUCCCCUGCCCAGUACUACCCGGCAAAACUUCCCGGUCAAUCGGAAGCAACAGUUCUCACCUUUUUGCCUUUCUUACUAAAGAAAGGUAUAGGGUUUGCUUUUGGCUCCGACGCCAAAUCAAGCUUCGUUCCCAAAUCAUUUCUCGAGAAA